AUGGGGGCCCCUCUCCGCUGCAUCCUUCGAGGCUGCCGCUGCACGCGGGGGCCCCCCGCCUACAACUCAGCAGCUGGGGGGGGGCCCCGGGGGCCCCCUACUGCCUCCUCUUGGUCUUGCGCCGUCAUACCCAAGACAGCACCCAAUGCUGCAGCAACAACUCCAGCAUCAGCUUCAACGACAGCAGCAACUACUGCCGGAGCAGCAACUGCAGCAGCAGCAGCAAGACCAGGUGCAGCAGCAGCAGCAGCAGCACCAACAAGGCGGUCCCAGCUGCGCUUUUGCUGCUCUCAAGUUUCUUAUUCUACCUACACCAACCCCACCCAUGCAACACAAUCGGGUUGUGGGCUCGCAGUGCCUUCUGCUGCUGCUGCAACUCCUGCAGCAGCCGCUGCUGCAACUCCUGCAGCAGCCGCUGCUGCAACUCCUGCAGCAGCCGCUGCUGCUGCAGCAAAGGCAGCAGCAGUAGUAGCAACUGCAGCAGAGGAGGAAGCGGCAGCAGCAAAGGCUGUAGCAGCAGCCGGCGUACUAACGGAACCAUCGGCAGCAAGGUCACCCCCAUUAUCCGCAGCAGCAACAGCAGCAGUAGCAGCAGCAGCAGCAGCAGCAGCAGCAACGCAGGCAGCAAACGAGGCAGCAACGCUCGACGGGCCAGCGCUUCCCUUAUCAGCCGUUGGAGCAAGUGGUGCAGCAGAAGCAACGGCAGCAGCCUUAGCAGCAGAAGCAGCAGCAGCAGCGGCAGAAGCGGCAGCAGCAGCAACAGCAGCAGAGGCAACAGCGCGGCAGCUGUCAGCUCUGUGGGGCUUCCCCCCUAAGCCCCCCCAUAUACCGCAGAGUGUAUGGACAGGUCUGCUGCGGGGGCUGCACCUGACCCCUUCGAAUCCCGUAGGCAUUGCUGCUGCUCUGCUGCGGCACUUCUUUCAGCAGCAGCAGCAGCUGCUGCUGCAGCAGCACGCCUACUUCAGCCCCCACUACCCACCCGCUUAUCAUACGGAGCUGAAGCAACAGCAGCAGCAACAACAACAGCAGCAACAGCCGCAGCAAGGGCUACAGCGACAGCAGCAGCACGUGCACCAACGCAAGCACCAGCAACCGCAGCAGCAGCAGCAGCAGCAACAGCAGCAGCAGCAGCAGCGGGGGGGGUUCGUGUAUUUGGACAGGCUGAGCCCCAUUGUGUCUAUACAGGAAAACUUUGAUAGUCUCCUCAUUCCCUCUUCUCAUUGCAGCCGCAGCACCAGCGACACUUUUUAUCUAAGCCCCAACUUCACCCUCUCUCAUCAGCAACUCGCAGCACUGCAACAGCGGCAGCAAUGCAGCAGCAGCAGCCGCAGCAGCAGCAGCAACGACAGCAGCAACAGCAGCUCCGCAAACAGCAGCAGCACAAGCAGCCCCGACAGCAACUGCAGCAGCAGCAGCCCCUACAACCCCAACAGCAACAGCAACAACAACAACAACAACAACAACAACAACAACAGCAGCAGCAGCAGCAGCAGCAGGCAGCUGCUGCUGCGUACGCAUGGGACUGCUCACCAAGCGCGUUUGCUGAGCCUUGGGGUGCAGCAGGCGUUGUGGUGUGGGGCUGUAGCUCGAAGAGACAGAUCAGACAAGACUCACUUCCCUGUCUUUCACCAAGGAGACAGUAUUUGCAUCUUCGCCCCGGGGCCCUCCUCCUCCUGCUGCGGAAAGGAGACACCUCAGCAGCAGCACGAACAGCAAAACGAAAGCAACCAAACGCACUCCCUCUCUCUACGCCUCCUGCAGACGCAACACCAAGCUGUUCUUAAAGCCGUAGCGAUCGCCAAACAAAUCCAGCAAGAGCAGCAACAGCAGCAGCAGCAGCAGCAGCAGCAGGUGCAGCAGCAGCAGGAUUUGCAUGCGUCUCUGGAUAAGGCUGCGCGUGCAGCGGGUUUGUGCGUAAGAGAUAUUUUUUGUCUUUGUUCGUUUGUCUGCUUCAAUGAUAAAAACCCCCACCGCAACAAUGCCGUCGUGCUGCAGCUGCAAGUCACUCUAGAAAAACUAAUUCGCUUCUUGUGGGCCCACAAAACCCAAACAGAACCUCACCCUCAAAGUAGCAGCAGCAGCAGCAGCAGCAGCAGCAGCAGCAGCGAUGUUGAGUUGCGGUGGGUGUACGAUGCUGAGUUUCCUUUUACUCAUCCCUCUUUGGAGCUCGAAGUUUUGCAUGACGGACAAUGGCUAGAAGUGUUGGGUGCAGGCGAAAUAAAGCCCCAAAUCAUUGCUGCUGCAUGCGCCGAGCAACAGCAGCAGCAGCAGCAGCAGCAACAGCAGCAGAAGCAGCCGAGGGGUAUGGCAAGGCAGCAGGAUGUAGCGCAGUGGCAGCAGCAAGAGGAGGAGCAGCAGAAGCAGCGGAUGGUGCUGCAGCAACUGCCUGCAGGAUUUGUGGGGAGUGCGUUGCAUGCAGAAAGUAGGGGCUGGGCAUGCGGUUUGGGGCUUGAAAGACUGUGCAUGCUGCUGUUCUCUCUAAAAGAUAUUCGUCUCCUUUGGUCUCAGGAUCUGCGCUUUACGCAGCAAUUCACUCAGGGUAAAGUUUGUCCUUUCGUGCCCUUUUCAAAUAUGCCGCCUGUUUAUAAAGACAUUUCUUUCUGGCUUCUGACUCAAAACCCCCGCAGCAGCAGCAGCAGCAGCAGCAACAGCAGCAACAGCAGCAGCAGCAGCAGAGACAGCAGCAACAGCAGCAGCAACAGGAGCAGCAACAGCAACUCUGGAUUGAAGGAGUUUGAUUUGAAUUCAUUUAAAGAGUUGUGUAGGGAUGUGGGGGGCAAUUUAAUCGAAAGUGUGCAGCUUCAAGACAGCUUUAUACACCCCGUCUCAAUGCAAAAAAGCCUUUGUCUCCGCAUCACUUAUAAGGCCCCAGACCGCACCCUCACACACACUGAAGUAAAUGCGCUCCAGGAGAAACUCUGCGCGCUGCUGCAGCAAACUUUUAACGUGCAGCUGAGGUAG